GACCCCAGAAGACCCGUUCGCGGAGUCGGGCAAUAGCCGUUCGACUCUCUCUCUCUCUCUCUCUCUUCCCAGAAAAAGAGGAGAGGCGAAGGAGACGACGACAAGAGCGAAACGAAUCGAUCAUUCGAACGCGCAUUCCCAAAUACCCUCGAGAUCCGGUCCUCCAGCUUUAAUCCAAUCUUUCUGGUUUUUUUUUCCUUCUUUCUCUGACGCCGAUCUCUUCUUUGCUUCCUCUCUAAUGGGAAAGGAAUCCGAUGCUUGUUAGGUUGCCGUUAAAGGUAAGGACUCGAUUUGGUGCGCGUGCGGGAUAUCGAGCUACAAGGUUCUUGAUUUUUGUUUCUUGAUUGGAUUAUUGGGUUAGAUUGUGGUCGUAAAAAAGAAAAGUUGGAUUCUUCGAUAUUUGGAGGAUUUUGUAGCUGUUUUCCUGCGGAAUUUGAGCUGAAAUGGAAGGAAGGGAGCUCCGGCGGAGCAUGACGCUCUCCGACCAGCUGUCCAUCGAGGACUUGCCCAAUCCUAAGGUAGCUCCUCGGACGGUGGCGGCCGCCGGCGUCUCGGAGAAGCGGGAGACCUUCGCCGCCGGGAGCGGCCGGGGCAGCGUCAGCACCCGGACUUUGAUGGACAUCAUCAAGGAGGAGCACGACGCCAACGGGGGCGCCGGCCCCAGCAUCAACUGGAAAUCCUUCAAGGAGCGCAUUCGCCAUCGACGUGCCGCCGGCUCCGGCGCCGCCGCUGCCUGGGUCACUCCCCCCGCUCCCAUCUCCGAUCCCGAGGUCGUCGUCUCCGUCCGCCCCAACCCUGCUGCUGCCCUCGGCCGCUCCAUCUCCCGCUCCGUCUCCGUCCAGAACGCCGACGUGCCCUUCCCGGGGUCCCCCUCCCGCCGCCGAGCCAUCGUCACUGAGUACAACCCCACCGCCGCCAGCACGGCAGCCGAGGAGGAGGGGUCGGACUCUCCGGCGAGCGGCGGCGGCGGCAGAGGCGCUGCGGAAGAAGGGGAGGGGAGCGAAGGGUCCAACCGCAGUGUCACCGGCGAGGCGGAGGCGGCGGCGCUGCCGGCGGCGGAGGAGCAGCCGGUGAGGAUUUCCUUGAUGGCGCUGCUGGAGCAGACGGACAGGUGGGGCGGAGAUGGCGAAGAGGCGACGGAGGAGGAGGUGGUGGAGGAGGGGGAGGAGGUCGACGACGAGGGGGAAGGCGGCGGGAUGUUCCAUGUGUGCUGUGUGUGCAUGGUAAGGCACAAAGGUGCUGCCUUUAUCCCCUGCGGCCACACCUUCUGCCGGCUGUGCUCGCGGGAGCUGUGGGUGAGCCGCGGCAAUUGUCCCCUCUGUAAUGGCUUCAUCCUUGAGAUCCUUGACAUCUUCUAGUCCUCUCUAUAUUCUACAUUGUCCCCAUCCCCAUUGGUAAUCUUCUUCUUCUUCUUCUUCUUCUUCUCCCCACCUUCCUACUUUAACUAUUGAAUUAAAUGUUCUUCUUUUCUUCUCCAAGAAAUUCUUCUGGAGGUCUGAUGACCAUGUUCUUAAAGCUGGAUUGAUGAUAUGAGGGGGAAAUGGGCUAAUGAUAAUAAUAUAAUUGUAAUUUAUGAUGUAUGAUCGCUAUAAUGGAUAAGAGUUGAUGAGGACAUUGCUUGUUUA